ACUUUUUCCAUUGUUUCACACAAUUACAACUCCUUUGUUACAAGCUCCGAAAACCCGGACCAAUGAACCGUGGCUAAAUUGAUUAUUUCCGGAGAUGCAAUUUUUGCAACUCUUCAGUUGCAUAAGUUUUUUCGUUGUUAUAAAUAAAUCGAUUUUCGAUGCUGGUCUCAGUCUGUGGUAACCUACAUCUCGACGAAAACAUGGAUUAUUAUGUUGUUUUAUUUGGUACCUUUGCAGCAAUCAGUCUGCUUGCAAGAGGAGAAGAGUCUUUUUCCUUCCACAAAUUUCGAGGUCCUGUUAGUGGCGAUAUUCAAGAAGUGAUUACGAAAAACCAAAAUAUCGAUUAUGUGGCCAAGCCAGAUUACUCGUUCUCUUACGGAGUCCAGGAUCCAGUGAGUGGCAACUCCCAAAUCCAUGAGCAAUCUAGAGAUGGAGAUGCUGUCCACGGUGAAUACAGGGUGUUACAAUCUGAUGGUAUUGUGAGGAUAGUGAGGUACACAGCAGAUGCAGAGAAUGGAUUUCAGGCAACAAUAGAAUAUGAACCAAAUGAUCCUCAAUGAAGUGACUGAUCGUGAGAUCAUGCAGAUGU